AUGGGCAAUGUACUUGCAAUGCCUGCACAUGUUUUCCAGACAGCUCAACAGAACCAUGUGGUUGUGGUUGCGGAGGAAACAUUCAGAUUAUGUGACGUGGAUCGUCUGUCUCAAGUUACCAGAAAACUGCACCGGUCCAUUGAGCAGCACCCCCACUCAAAGCAGGCAGACACGACGUGCUGUGUCUCAGCUGAAAGGAGAAGCCAUGACAGUUAUCCAUCGUCUGAUGAUGGUGAUGUUCCAGAGUGGCACCUUCAUUUUUCCAACCGGGCCAAUCCCCUCCCCCUAACCGACAAGCGGCAGCUUCAUUAUCGAUCACAUAUGUAUAUGGAAACUGAGGGUCUUGAAUGUAUCUUACCUGACCAUAUGGCCCAACUAGAAGACAUUGUACGCCACCACACAGUGGCUGUUGGUCCUGGUUACGAGGAAGAGCUACUCCAACACCUCCCACACAGCACAGAUGCGUUGACCAGCCUUUUCAAUGAACUGGAAAUUCGGUUGACCAGUAUUAGUCCUGAAUGUGAAGAUUUUCCCAUCAGGUUGAAAACAUACACAGAAUUGCUCUGUUUGAUUAAAGGGCAGUUAUAUGACGAGAGUAGACCAUUUAGGGAAUUUAAGAUAGGCUACUUUGCACAGUUUGCAAAACACCCUAUAGAAAUUCUCGUGAAAAUUGCAUUUCUUCUCAGCAAGAUGGAGUGGUCUGUCACUGAUAUUUGUCCAAUGAUGCUUGCAUAUGAGGCAGUUAUGGAUGUUGUUCCUCUUAUCCAAAAAUUAAUUCCCAGUGAAUCUGAUGAUCUCUUACCCGAGAUUAAAAGUAACAUCUGGGAGUCUUUCAGGAAAAUAGUUGGCAGUAUGGGGGAUCCUCAGGGUGGUGCCAUUCACUCAGUGACAUGUUCCCUGGUAGACUCAGUGAAGAUUAUCCAUAGUCACAAACAGUUAGUGCAAUCUUUUGCUCCUGAUGAUGACAGCCACUCGUUUGGAAAUCUUCUGUCUGGCGUGAUUGGAAGGUGGAUAUCUGCACUCGAGAAACAUCCGAUGUCAGAUAGUCGGCGGAAGAACAUUUUCAUGCUGAACAACAUGAGUCAUUUAAAGGGGAAGACAAAUGUUCUGUUAGAUGAUUUGCUGCCUCUGCAGCAUCUUGAUUUUCCUUAUCCUGAUUAUUUCAAAUUACUCACAGAUAUCUGGAUCCAGGGUUACCUGGUAGAUGCUUGGAAGCCAGCCUUAUAUUUUCUGAGUUGCAAGUCUUGGUGGGUUAGUCGGCAUUCAUCCUUGGUUAAAUUUACCUCAACAUUCAAUGGGAUUUUUGAUCAUCAGAAAACUUGGGUGGUUCCUGAUCCUGCUCUACGGGAAACUCUAAGAGUCCGUAUAAAGGGGCAUAUUUUGCCAACAUACAGAGCUUUCUUGGUGAAGUAUCCAGAUACUGGGCCGUCUGGUUGUUUGUGUUUGUGGGGAGGUUCAGCAGAAGAGAUAUAUAGCGCAGAGAGUUUGGAGCUGGUGGUGGACACGAUAUUUGAAGGAGGAACUGGACAGCCUACUUGUCCUUCCCUUUCUCCUUAG